GGUAUCGUGACAAUAGCCAGCGCAACAUUUCAACUAUUUAUUAUCAGAGAAAUAUGAUCGUAACAAAUUAUUCAUUAGAUCUAAUACUACAUGUUGACAAUGUGUUCGCUACUAAAAUUAUGCGAAGAUUUUGAUAACAAGUACAUUUCCACGAAUGAGGUUCCAGCCAAUUUUUAUCCAUUAUAACCGGUACGAUAGCAGAGAAGAACGAGACGGUAGGUCCUGGAUCGGUCACUCUUCAGUCCCCGGCGUUGAUAGUGAGGCAGCGCAGGAUGCGGCUGUGGUACUGGGGCCAACGGUCGCAGGACCAAGGACUCCGUGCGUCUCGAGUCUGGUCAGUCGCCCGCCAUCGCCGCUCUGCGCCGCGUCCUCAUCCUUCUCUGUGGUCCUCUCACCGCGCGCUCACGUGACUUUCUUGUUUACAUCGGACAGUAUUCUUGUGGUUCUGUGUUCUUUUGCUCUUCAGUGUUGACAAACAAUAAACUUCUUGCCUUCAAAGUAAUAGAGGAGCAGUCCAGUUUCCUCUCGGAGAAUCUUGCAGAGAUCCUGUUCC